AUGGCUUCACGGGGAAUUCCAGGCGUCCUCGAAUCAACGAGUCUAACAUCCUUGAACGCAAUCAAUGGACCAACGGCACCUCUUCCACCACUGAAAAGACGCAAAAUAUUUCAUACCGACGAUGUCGAACAGACAUCUUCGUCGCAGACGGUGUUUACGGUCAAGGGACACGCCUCGUCCCUGUCAGACAACGAAUUCAAAUUAGCGCCGAUCGAGCUUCUUCCUCGCUCUGCGUUGCCAUUCUCAUGGCUAGAUACUUCGACAGCGAUCCAGUCGAAUAACAUCUUUGCAAGCAACGAUGCGGUCCUGGAAGGAAUGUUCUUUCCAAAAAAGGGCGCGGAGCAGCCGGAUUUGGAACCCAGUGUACUGGCAACACGAUCACUCUCCAAUGGCGCUAUAUACGUGGUAGAGCGUGUGAAGACGGGCAUAUUCGCGAUGACGAAACUUCAGUCCAACAUUGAGGAAGGCGAGAUUCGGGUUGCUGCAAAAGCGGCGGCUGCUAUGAGUUCAAAAAUUUUAAGAAUAUGGAGCUCAACUAUGGAUCUAUUUACGACAAGUACAUCUGCCAACAAAUGGGACUGGAGGGAGGCCGCUCGAUUUCCUGACGAUAUCCCUCGCUUCGAUUCGUCUGCUACGAAGAGAAAAAUCGAUAUUUCGAUGGCGUUUGAGGAUUGUUCCAGCAACGAUCAUCGAGCGGCUGCAAUAGAGAGCGAGGUAUAUACUGGGGACUCGUUCAUGGCACUUGAUGGUGUCGAGUCCGGUAUGCAGGAACACAAUCGUACCCUGCCAGAUAUCAGUAUCGAAGCACCUCAGUUUGAGGAUCAAGGCGAUGCGCAGAACACAUCGCCUACACCGGACGUCAUCAUGGAGAAUCUGAGAAGCCAGUAUUUGGAAGCUCUCUAUAUCUCAAAGACAUCUGUGGCGUACUUUGCCAAAGGUCCCUUGACACGAUGUCGCAAUGCAUUUGCACAAUAUAGUCGGGACGAAAACGUUCCGAACUUACCUAGCCAAUACAGAGAAUCCAUUCUAUCAGUCAAAAAGAUGGAUGCCAAAUAUCGAGAGACUCUUCCCGUGAUACUUCGCAACAUGACUCUAUUACUCUCCGAUGACGAGCGUCCCAAAAAGCGCAAGAGCAAGAAGAGGAAACUAGGGAAGAACGGACUUUAUACUGGCGAAGACGAAUUCCUGCAAAGGUACUGGAAGUCGCGACAAAUAUCCAAGAACAAGGAAGGCGCCGAAGAGUCCAAGGAAGAAGAGAUCAAACGACACAUUUCAGAUUUGAGGUUACGAGAGACACAGCUUCAGAUCCUUCUUAUUCUAGAGACUAUACAUCUGGAAAUGCCCAAUGUGGCACCUUCCAUUGAAGAUGCGAAAGGACAUGAGGCGAGCACAAAACGGUCAAAGUCAAAGAAAGAGGAGAACUUGAAUUUGCUUCUUGAGCUCUUCAUUGAUCGACUUUGUAUUUGGCAUGCUAUCAGUGCAAAUGAGGGUGUUAUAUCUGAGUCUUUCAAAGAGACGAACAAAAAUCAUCUUUCUGGAAAAAAGAUUGAGAGCGACGCUCUUCGAGAUUACUGCAACGAGGUUAUCAUUCCGUUCUAUGCGUCACGGCUUCCAGAACAAUGUAAGACUAUCAAGAAAAAGUUAGGAGGCGCUAGCGAGGUUUCCCCAAAUCGUCCAGUAGUGCCAAAACUCAAGGCAUCUACCUCAAAUUCUGGUUCGAAAAGUCAGUCUGGUGUUGGUGAUGGCAAGAAGAUACAGCCGCAACAGAAACCUCGCCGUACACUUCAGCGAGUUCUCACCGAUGAACAGACGUCCGUCUCUCAAAGAAGCCGUCAUCCAUCGCUAAUGAGAUCAAGUACUACGCCAGCUCUACAAGAGGUCAAGCGGGAAUCUGUCGAGCCAUCCCUACCAUCGUUAGGUGGUAGUGUACGCGGCGGCAUACAGAUAGCGAGGCGAGUCGAUAAACGCGAGGUCGACUUAAAUGCAGUAGCCAAGGUGCACGAGACGAAACUCAAGAAGAUGAACACGCUCAUAGAGCAGAAGAAAGAACUCGACGCUGCGAUUAAUGCGCUACGAAAACCGAAUCGCGAGCUGGUAUCCAAAGAAGUUGCCGAUCAAGCGGAGAAGAGGACCUUUUCCAGUUCUCGCAAAUCUAGGAACCCUGUACGCAAUCCGCUUGGGCAGGGCGUGCAGGUCAUGGCGACACCAAGGGGUACAAGGAAAAAGGACAUGAGCCUCGAGCAUCAAUCUCAACCAUCUCUUCCUCGUGGUCCUUUAGCGAGACCUUCCAUGACGAAACAUGGGGUAGAUGAAACCUCUCCAGAUCUAGGAAGUGAUAUCUCACUUGUCCCUGGCUCGACCAUUCGAACCAACACGUUGACAAGCUCAAUUGCAUCGAAACGAAAGUUUAAUAGUAUAACUGAAACCCCGUCUCGCGGUGUGUCGAGACGGUCGGGUGCUCUGAGUCUCAUGGAUGACCAUGAAGCAGAAGCUAUUUCAAUCAACACACCGGCUUCUGUCAUUCCGUGCAACAGGGCGCUCUUCAAAGUACCAAGCCUUCCAGCCAUGACAGCCAGAUCAAUCGAUGAACGGAUGACAGAACCAGAGAACUCUGAUGUUACUACAGGGGAUAAGAUAUUCUCAAUCGAUCAAACGCCCCCAGCAAAGAACAAAACGUUCUUUAUCCAACMCCUCUCCGCACCCAAGCCGAUGACAAUGACAGCAUCGUCAUCUCCUGUACCUAUCUUUGAGACGCCUGUCAAAAUGAAACCGAAACAAAAUAUGAUGCAACAAGAUGAUUCUGCUCGGGUCGUUCAGAGUACACCUGUAAAGUCUAUCUAUGAAGCAUUGGGUUGGGAUGAGGAUGAUGAUGAUGACCUAGCUCUGUGA